CGCGUUAGGCUUUCCCCAAGGCUAUCGCGCUGCCAUUCAUCAUGGGGAUCACUGAGCACGAGAAGUCUAGCAACGAGGAGAUUGGGGAGAAGGAGAAGACUGUCGGCGUCACCGAGGUUCUCUACCCCGACGAUGGUGCCAUCGAGGACCUCACCAAGCAUGGAGAUGUGACGGCCGAUGAGCUUAUCGAUGCCGAGGAGCGCCUCGACUCGAUGCCGCUCGUCCGCACCGUGGCGGUCAUCAACCAGCUGUACAAGCUGCACCAGUCGGACCAGAACUUUGACUUUGACCUCCUGUUCCGAAUGGAGAAGUUCCUGAACGACCCCGAGGUCUUGCAGCACCCCGACCAGCAUGGUGCGCUGAUCCACGAGAUGCGCUUGGAGGCGCUCAUCGCCACCACCAACUCGCCGUACGCCAUCGUCCGUGCCGUCGCCCCCGUCACCGACGACCCCGACAUGCCUGCGCUCACCAUCCGCGCGUGGGUCAUUGGCCUCGUCUACGCCUGUAUCGGAGCUUUCGUCAACCAGCUCUUCGUGUUCCGUAACCCGCCCGUGUCGCUCUCCGUCUCGACUGCGCAGCUGCUGGCUUACCCCGCCGGCAAGCUGUUCGAGAAGAUCCUUCCCGACUGGGGCGUCACCAUCGGCGGCAAGCGUCACUCGCUCAACCCUGGCCCCUUCAACCUCAAGGAGCACAUGCUCAUCACCAUCAUGGCCAACGUGUCCUUCGGCUCCGCCUACACCGCCGAUAUUGUCUUUGUGCAGGCUCUGCCUUUCUACUUUGACCAGGCGUACGCCCGCGGUUUCGGUUACCAGGCGCUCAACACGAUCGGGUCAAACCUCAUCGGCUGCGGUCUUGCUGGCCUCACUCGUCGCUUCAUCGUGUACCCCAGCUACUGUGUGUGGCCUGCAUCGCUCUCGACCAUUGCCAUGAACAAGGCGUUCCACACCAACGACUCGUCCCCGAUCCCCGGCCCCUUCAACCGCAUGUAUCGCUGGACCAUGCGUCGCUUUUUCCUCAUCGUGUUCAUCAUCGCCUUUGUUUACUGGUGGUUCCCCGGAUUCAUCUGGCAGAACCUCUCGUACUUCAACUGGAUGGAGUGGAUUGCACCCAACAACGUCGUCUACACCCAGAUGGUCUCCUCGAACCUCAACGCGGGCCUCGGCAUCAACCCCUGGCCAUCCUUUGACUGGAACUUCAUCGGUGUGCAGGUCACCCCUCUCGUUACCCCGCUCUACACGGUCGUUAACAAGUUUAUCGGCAUGUUCUUCGGUCUCUUUAUGAUUUGUGGUAUUUACUACACAAACACCUUCAACACGGCGUACCUCCCUAUCAACGACAACCACGUCUGGGCCAACAAUGGCAAGAGAUACAACGUUACCCGGAUCCUUUCGGGCCCCCAGAGGCUGUUUGACGAGCAGAAGUACCAAGACUACUCGGAGCCGUACAUGGCAGCCGGUAACAUGGUCCUCUACUUCUGGUUCUUCGCCGUCUACUCGGCAACCAUCACCUACGUCGCCAUCUUCCACCGCCACGAGAUUGCCUACAGCUUCCGCAUGGUUUUCCGUGACAUCAAGUCCAUUAUUUGGAGGAAGAACUCCGGCAACGAGGAGAGCGACGAGCACGUCGACGACAUUGCCGAGGACAUCCACUACCGCCUCAUGACUGCUUACAAGGAGGUGCCCGAGUGGUGGUACUUUAUCGUACUCUGUGCCGCGCUCGCGAUGGGCAUGGCCGGCGUCGGUGCGUACGACACGGGUGUCACCAUGGCCGUUGUCAUCUACGGUGUCAUCCUCGCCCUCAUCUUCAUGGUUCCCAUCGGUCUUGUUACGGCCGUCACCUCCAACGAGGUCACGCUCAACGUCCUCGCCGAGUUUAUUGGUGGUGCCCUGAUUCCCGGCAACGCUCUGGCCAUGAGCUACUUUAAGAUGUACGGCUACAUCACCACCGCUCAAGCCAUUGCCUUUGCCAGCGACCUCAAGCUUGCACACUACGUGCACAUCGGCCCUCGUCUGACCUUCUGGGCUCAGAUCAUCCCCACCAUCGUCACUAGUCUGCUCCAGGCCGGCAUCUUUGACUUUGUCAUGGGCUUCAAGAACGUUUGCACAAACGAGGCCUCGUUCGGCAUGACGUGCCCUGGUGUCAACACCUUCUUCACUGCGGCGGUCUUCUAUGGCACCCUGGGUCCCAAGCGCGUGUUCGGUUCCAACGGUCGUUACAAGACUCUUCUGAUUGGCUUCCCCGUCGGCUUCAUCAUGGUCAUCAUCUACUGGGGCCUCAAGAAGGCAUUCCCCAAGAGCAAGUUCAUCCGCGCCAUCCACCCUGCCGUCCUCGCCUCGGGCAGUCAGCAGUGGUCGCCGUACAACCUCGCGCACAUGACCCAGGCUGUUUACGUCUCCCUGUUCUCCUGGGGCUGGCUCAAGAAGCGUUACCUUGCCUUCUGGUCGCGCUACAACUACAUCCUUGCCACCUCGCUCAACGCCGCGAUCGCCAUUCUCGCAGUCAUCAUCUUCUUCGCCCUCUCCAUCCCCGACGUCAACAUUAACUGGUGGGGAAACAGCCCUAACAAGGACGGCAGCUGCGCCGAUAGGGGCGGGUGUAGGUAUAUGGCAAUUCCGGAGAAGGGCUACUUUGGCCCCGAGAAGGGUCACUUCCGUUAGGUGGUGUUUAUGGACUGUCGAUCUAAUGUGGCAAGGAGGAGGGCCAGUGGAUAAAUUGUAAGGAGUCGAGGUCGAGUAUUGGAGCACUUCGCUAGGGUGCUGCAGUGAUGAAUCGAAUGC